CCGCACGCAACGCAACAGCUCCCACCUCCACCACCUCAACUCCAACACCUCCACACCUCUCAUUUUCCCCCGUCUGCACCGCCAGACCACCUCAUGCGUGGCCCCCUCUCCUCAACCAACUAACCCCGCCACCAUGUCCAAAUCAACCAAGUACCUCCUCGUCUCGCUCCCCACGUCCAUCACCCCCUCCCACCACCGCGACGACGCCCUCGACGCCAUCUCCGCCACCGUCUCGUCCGAGAAUGGCUCCGUCGCGCCCUUCCCCAUCCCGGAAUUUAAGAUCGGCACUCUCGAUGCCCUAGUGCAGCAGGCCGACGAACUGGCCAAGCUCGAGACCGCUUGCCAGGGGGUGGUGGUGAAGGUGGGCGAUGCGCUGAAGAAUAUCCUCGAGGGGGAUGAAGCGCAGAUCGAUAAGAUGAAGACCGUGAACGAUAAGCCGGUGGAUCAGUACCUUCGCACGUUUUCGUGGAAUAAGGUCAAGUAUCGGGCUGAUAAGCCGUUGGCGGAAUUGAUUGAUUCGUUGCAGAAGGAAGCAGCGAGUAUCGACAAUGACAUCCGCUCGAAGUAUACCCAGUAUAAUCAGGUCAAGAAUACGUUGGCGACGUUGCAGCGGAAGCAGACGGGCAAUCUGUCUACUAAAUCCCUCGCCUCGGUGGUCGACCCCCGCACUAUCGUCCAAGACUCGGAAUACAUUGAGACGCACCUCGUCGCAGUCCCCGCUCAGCAGGUCAAAGAAUUCCUGAAGCUGUACGAGACGGUAGCCCCCAUGGUGGUGCCACGGUCGGCAACGCUGGUGGCAUCGGACAGCGAGUUCGCGCUGUAUGCGGUCACGACGUUCAAGAAGCAUAGCCUGGAAUUUGUGCACAAGUGCCGUGAGAACAAGUGGAUUCCGCGCGACUUCAAGUAUGUCGAGGGCGGCAAGGAGGAAGAGCGCAAGGAGGUCGAGCGGGUGGGCGGCGACGAACGCAAGCUCUGGGGAGAGACACUCCGACUGGGGCGGACGGCGUGGAGUGAGGCCGUGAUGGUCUGGAUCCAUGUGUAUGUGCUGCGGGUGUUUGUCGAGACAGUGCUGCGGUAUGGGUUGCCGCUGGACUUUGUGUGCACGUUGAUCCGGGCUCCCGGAUCAAAGCAGGCCGACAAGGCGAAGCACAACCUGGACGACAAGUACUCGUAUCUGGCGGGCAACGCGUUCGGACGGGACAAGAAGGGCCGGGUGAAGCGCGACGAGCCGGGCGAGCUGCACGGCGAGGGCGGCGGCGAGUAUACGGCGUAUGUGUAUUAUGAAUUCGAGUUUAAUUAGCGGUACUUUACCUGCGGUUUUCUGCUGGUUAAUUCUUCUGUUGAUAUAUCUACUGUCUAGCGUCGUACAUAGAGUUACUCAUCUCCUCCACCUCUUGAAACAAAUCAUAGCAACAACCAAUAUAUACAAC